UGGCAAGAGACACAGACUAUUCUUUUCUUGGUAUCGGAGCAUUAUUUUUUUUCUGGGCAAAAGUUCAACAAUGGAGGACACACCUCCUCCACCGCCACCCACAAAAAUUGAAACAAAUUCUCCUUUCUACCUUGGACCGCAAGAUCGGCCCGGGGAUUUCAUUACCUCACAGCGUCUCAAAUUGAAUAAUUUCCAUGAUUGGUCUCAUGCUGUGCGAAUUGCUUUGUGUUCUCGCCGGAAGUUUGGUUUUCUUGAUGGUAGUAUCACCUCCUUUGCACCGCCAUGUACGAAGGAUGAUUGGGUCACAAUUCAGUGUAUGUUAGUUUCUUGGCUGAUGAACACAAUCGAUCCCGAGGUAUCGGAUAUUUCGGAUACCGAAGUCGGAUCAAAUCGAAUGUCAGACACCAGAUAUGCCAGUUUUUGGAUAUCCGAUCCGACUGCAUGUUUUGGAUCGUAUAUCCAGUUAUGCUCAUCCCGAUAAGGAAGUAUAAGGAGCUGAGGUUUGGAUAACUUCAUGAUGUGAUCAAUGUGAUGCAUAGAGAGUGCCUUGAACAAGGCAAGAAGUUACAAAAGGAGGGUUUUCGUUCAUGUUUUGAACGAGGCAAGAGGAAGGAAGAAAGGUGCAUUGAACAAAGCACAUCACACAAAGAAGUCAUCAAAUGAUCUGGAUAUAGUGCUGAUUCGAGCAUAUAUAGUACUCGUUCGAGCACAUAUGAUGCUUGUUAGAUACAUGGUGCUCGUCUGAGUGCCCUGGUUUAUGCUAAAAUAGGGGAAUUUCUUUUAAGCUUGCUUGGUGGACAAGUCUUGAACCUUUGGGUUACAGUUAUUCUAACUUGUAUAUGGUUAUAAAAGGACCCUAAAUUAGAUUGGAAUGUAUGUGGGAACCUAAUACAUAGAAAGCAACUAGGG